UCUUACAAAUCCAGAUCCACAAACCCUAUCCUCCUCAUCAGAUUACUCGUUUCCGAGCAAGAAAGUGAAAUCGAAUACAGUUAAUCAUGGAUUCAACCCAUCUCCUCACAAUUUUCUCUCUCCUAACCCUAGCUUCCAAACCCAUUUUCUCACUCUCACUCCCAACUCUCCAUCCAAACCCUAGCUUCGAUUCCGACUUGGCUCUCUUCGGCGACGCCGAGAUCGUCAAUGGCGGUUCUUCAAUACAGCUCACUCGUCCUAUUGCUUCGAGCUCUGGUCUUCUCAUUCACACCAAACCCUUCAAAUUCCUCGAAUCGAACCACCCCAUCAAACCCAUUUCGUUUUCCACCGACUUCUCCUUCUCAAUCUCUCCCCAUUUCGGCGAUGGACUUGCUCUGGUAAUCGUUCCCACUAAUUUCCCCCAGAAAUAUGCCGGUAAAACCUCGUUCGGGUUUUCCCGGGGAAUUAAAUUCCUUGGGAUUGAAUUCGAUACUUCGAUGGACAGCAAUGUGGGCGAUGAGAAUGCGAAUCAUGUGGGUGUUGAUGUGUGUAGUCUUGUUUCAGCUAGGGUUAGCAAUGUUUCGUCUCUCAAUUUGGUUCUCAACAGUGGAGUGAAGCUACGGACUUGGAUCGAUUACGAUGCGAGUUCGAAAGGGUUGGAAAUUAGGUUGAGUAAAAUGGGUAAUGCGAAGCCAUACAAUCCAUUGAUGGUUUUUCCGAUCGAUUUGGGGGAAUUAUGGAAAGGAGAAGAGGUUCUUGUGGGAAUAAGCUCAUCUAGUGGUAAUUCAGUACAGACUAGUACUGUGUAUUCAUGGAACUUUAGAGUUAGGAGUGUCCCAAAUUGGAUGCAUUCUCAGCCAGUUGAUCCUCGGCUUCACUCCGAUAAAGGCCGUGAUCGGAAAGCGGGGCAUAAGAAAGUUCCUUGUCCAUUAACUAUGCUUUCUGGGUUGAUUCUUGCAGUUGGGUGUGGAGUGUUGGUGGUGUUCAUGGCGCUGUUUUUGUGGACAAUCUUUGUUAAUAGGACUGCAGUGAUCCCUGAGGAAUGCUCUUUGCAUCAUCCCACGAAUUUCGGAUAUAAAAAGGUUAGCGUUGUUGUGGAUGAUAGCUUGCAAAAAUGUUAAGAAUUAGAUCUUUCAGAUGUGCUUAUGUUGUUUGUAAUGAUAUGACUUAUGUAGUUUUUUAUGGAACCACUUAUUGUAUGCAGUUGUAAUUCAUGUUGUUGAAUUUGUAUUAUGUUUAAAUGAAGAGUUCUUGACUGCCAUAUGAGUCUAUGGCCUGUUUUAAUCU